UGGAUUCUCCUGGUCGGGCUCCGUCUGUCACUCUUUAGUGUGGGCGUCGUGAGAAGCUACGUCAUCGACAUUCCCAGACCCUUCCCUCUUUUCCCUCCCCUUCCCCCCCGGUGGCUGGGAAUUUUCCUCUGUCGCUGUGAGCAGAAGCCGUACUGGGCCACCUUCUACAAAUCUGGGUCCCGGGGCUUUGCUGCAAGACCCUCGGGCCUGCCUUCCCACGUGACGCCGUGUUCCUGCCUCUUAUUUUGACGAGAGGGUUGCAGCGAUCUGCUGGCCAGCACAAUGGACGUCUUCAACAGGAACAUUGACUUUGAUGCCAUCUUCAAAUUCUCCCACAUCUCCACAUCAACCCAGCAGCACCUGAAGAAGGUCUAUGCUACCUUUGCACUGUGCAUGUUCGUAGCAGCAGCUGGUGCUUACAUCAACCUGGUAACUCAGCUGGUGCAGUUUGGCCUGCUGACUAGUCUGGGAGCUCUUGGCCUUAUGAUCUGGCUGAUGGCCACACCCCACAGCCGGAAAACGGAGCAGAAACGACUGGGCAUUCUGUCAGGCUUUGCCUUCCUCUCUGGAGUUAACCUGGGACCUCUGCUGAAGAUGGUCAUCGCCAUCAACCCCAGCAUCAUCCCAACUGCUUUCCUGGGCACAGCUGUGAUCUUCAGUUGCUUCUCCCUGAGUGCCCUCUUCGCUAAGCGCCGUGCCUACCUGUACCUGGGAGGUUUUCUGUUCUCUGGCCUCUUUCUGAUGCUCUUUCUCUCCCUGAUCAAUAUGUUUGUGGGCUCCACCUGGCUUUUCACAGCUAACCUCUACAUUGGACUCAUGGUCAUGUGUGGCUUUGUGCUGUUUGACACUCAGCUCAUCAUUGAGAAGGCUGAGAGGGGAGACGGGGACUACAUUUGGCACUGUGUGGAUCUCUUCCUGGAUUUCAUCAGCAUCUUCCGAGAGCUCAUGACCAUCUUGGGCAUGAACGAGAGCAACAAGAAGAAGAAAGAGAAGUGAAGGAACAGUGGUCGCCUACACGAAGUCCCCUUCUCUACCCGCCCCCUUGCCUCUUUCUUGCUUCCAUUCAACCUGACCUGUAUUAAAGGGUGCCCGCAUUGUUCGGUGUGAAUGAGAUCUGUGACACUUUCAUACUUCGUAGAAACUGGAUUUUUUUUCUUGGUUUUUGAGCUUUUUUGUAAAAAGAAA